UCAAACAUAGCCGAUAGGCAUUCAAAUGGAAAAAAAAUGAAUAGAUUUCCAGAUAUAUUAGAAUCGAGUAUAAGCAAGUACUCUGUUGUAGAGUUUCGAUCUCCCAAGGUGAAUCGUAUAUUCAAAAUGUCGAGGAUAACCACUAUCUUCAUGCUAUGUUCUAUGUUAAUGUGUCUGGCAACAUCAACGCUGAUAUCUGAGGGAAAAAUUGAUGGAGAUGACAGAUUGCGCGAUCCACAAAUUCGAGAUUGCCUGGAUUCUAAACCAUGUCCCAUUACACUGGAUUACUCACCUACUUGUGGUUCAGAUGGAAAAACAUACUCUAAUAGAAGAGUUAUUUACUGUCUCAAUGAAUGUUUGAAGCCUGAAGAGAAAGUGGAAAUCGUCUCUGGAGGAUUCUGCAAAGCCAAGGCAUAAAAUUCUGGAAAAAAAAGAACACGGAUCAUCAACUCAUCAAAAAAUUAUUCAAAAAUAGCAAUGAUGAACAAUAUCCUGAAAAAUAUGAAAUAGAAGUUUGUUCACUGA